GGCGUCUCCAGAUGAAUUCUGUGGAGGAAUAUUUGGAAGUUUAUAUAUAAUUCUGGAGAAUGAAGCGAGCCCCUCUCCUUGAUACUUGCGGAGGAGCGCUCUAUCCCUGGAAUGUUUACACUCAACUGAAGACUUCAGGGCAAACUUCUAGGACUGUGAACAAUGUGACCUUGGAGGCUUCUGGAGACCUUUUCUCAUUGCCUGUGUGGUGUCACAUUCAGGUUUUUUUCGACAUAAAAAUAGGUGAGCGAGAUAUUGGUCGCAUUGUCAUUGGUUUAUUCGGGAAGGUGGUUCCAAAGACAGUGAAAAACUUUGUCACAUUAGCAUCAGGAGAAAAAGGUUACGGCUAUAAAGGCACCAAGUUCCACAGAGUUAUCAAAGACUUUAUGAUCCAGGGCGGAGAUUUCACAACUGGAGACGGAACCGGAGGAAGAAGCAUCUACGGAGCAGACUUUCCUGAUGAAAAUUUCAAGCUGAAGCAUUAUGGUAUUGGUUGGGUGAGCAUGGCAAAUGCUGGGCCAGAUACAAAUGGGUCACAGUUCUUCAUAUCCACGACUCGACCUUUGUGGCUGGAUGGAAAGCAUGUUGUCUUUGGAAAAGUUCUAACUGGCAUGGCUUUGGUUCAUGCCAUAGAGCUCCAGCAGACUGAUAACAAAGAUCGCCCUUUACAAGACUGCGUCAUAGUGAACAGUGGACAAAUCACAGUAAAGGAACCAUUUGUGGUUGAAGUGGAUGACUGGAAAGAUUAGGAACAUAGAAAAAAAUACCAAACUUUUCAUACACUAUUUUUUGUAAAAGAUGUCUAAUAAAUGUAAAUAUAUGUCAGAUUGUGUACUUCUGUAUAAAUAGACCACAACCAGAGCUGCUGGACAAAUCUACACUGGCUACUGAAAACAUAAGACCACUGUGUUAUUUAAAGAGUAUCUGUCAUCAAAUAAAACUUUUGAUACAUUGUUCUUCAUGUAGAUUAAUUACUCUUUGUAAUUUAUUCUCUGUAAAAAAAAAAAAAAUCCCUCUUUCUAUUUCUUUUAGCAUUGAAAUUUAGACCACUAGGGCUCUGUUAUCUCUCACUCUCCGCAGUGUGUGCAUAGGCUUUGGACAGAACAUCAGCACAGAUCUCGCUCCCUGCCUGUUAAUCAGCACUGUGCACAGUCUAAAGA